AUAACAGACAAGUUAAAUUCGUUCGUUGGGAGAAUAAAGAAUGCUGUUAGCGAGGUAGAUUAUAAAUUCAGUGGACUCGCGAAUAAAAUUGUCACCAGCAUUCAAAACCUUCAAGAUGGAAUUAUUUAUGGAAUGAAAAGGAAGAAGGGAAAAUGUCCAGCGAAAUAUCAACGCCCUUGCUUGGAGGAGAGAGUUAUGCGUGAGGCUUUAUUUGAUCUCUACUUGUGCACUGCGGACAAAAUAAAGUUAAAAAAAGUUGAAGUAAUUAAAGAAAUAAGGAAAAAGAUAGACGAUCUUGAUAAAACUAUGGACAACAAAUUGAAAGAAGUAGUAACUGCACUACAGGAGACUGUUAAAAAUUCCCAGCGACAUGGUGACAAUCAGGAUAAGCUAAGGAAAAAUGUUCAAAAAAGAUUCCAUGAGCACGAAGAGUUCAUUCGAACCAACCUCCUAGAGUUAAUACCGGGACGUUCAAUUAUGCAAAAAACUGAUCAAGGCCAUUGUAACCCCAGCUUUACCGAGUUUCAGUUUAGUUGAGUGUGAUUAGUAAAAAACAAAACCCUUUUAUAGGUGGUUUUCAUGCAAUCUCGGGAGACACUAAUAACAAUGGUGAAAUGAACAAAUGCUGGUGGACAAACAAAGCGAGCUAAUGAGCGGUCUUUUGUUGACCGUCCACCAGCAUGACGGCGAUGACGUAGCGUGAAAACCACCUAUUGGGCUGAAUUCCAGAAAGGACUUUUUAGUCCGAGGUUGGGUGGAGAGUCGCAAGAAAUAGAUAAACAAAUUUAUAUGAACCUUACUCUUGGUAAGAACCUCAAUUUUAUGUUGGAAACCAAAAACGUAUGAUCCUUAUCGUUAAUAAGCGGCUUCGAUCUCCGCUUAUAUUCCAGCACGGGAAAGUAUGGUGCCCAGAUAGCGGCUAUAAUGGAUACGAUUCAUGUUAAUUACUUUUAGAUUCUGCAAAUAGAUCACAAAGGACUAUACAGAGCCUUUAUCUUGACGCACUUUCACAAUUUCAGGUCAGUUGGUAUUUUUGCAGUAUCUGAUCGAAAUACCGAAAAGUUUAAAGCUGUCGAAAGACGUAUUCUUUGAUUGAUACUUUAAGUAUAUAGGUCGUCUUAUAGCCUGAGGUACUUGAUAAGGCAAACUGUACUUCCUUAUGAAAUAGGUGGUUACAAAAUAUGCCGAUUUUAUUCCCCGAGUCUUUAUUUUUUGUUUUUUAAAGCAUCCUAAUCAUAUUUAAAAAGACAUGUUUACUCUCCGAUUUGCUGAUUAAACCUUCAUGGAAGGUACAUCUUGUCCUUUUUCAUGCCUCGAACUUCUUUCAAUCCUUCAGUUAAAAAUCAGAAAAACUUUAGAAUAAUUCUCUUUGUCAAUCUGCAAACCUGGGCCUAAUUUCUAUAUUAUUUUAAAAGGAUUUUUGGUUUUCAGUCUUGUCAUGAAAACAGGGUUUAGACCUAAAAGAGUCACCUAAGCGGGUUACCUCACCUACCUGGAGUUCCCCACGUUCACGUAAACAGGGUAACCCGCCUGUCAAUAUAAUCUCUCAUUUUAAUAGAGUGAAUAUUAAUAUUAUAAGAGUUAUAAGUUAUAAGCAAAUCUGUCUAUCUUCCUCGGCCGGAUAUUCUUCCGAAAAGGAACAUUAGGGCCAUUUAUACGAGGAAAAAUAAGACGCGUCUUAAAUAAGACACGAACUUUCUGUAUAAACGGCACAUUUCGUCUAAAAUAAGACGCGGCUUAGCAAAGACGCGUCUUAUUGGAUAAGACAUGCUCGUAUAAAUGGUCGUAUGUAAGACGCGUCUUAUUUUCCCUCGUAUAAACGGCCCUAUUAUUACAAAGCAGAAAUGCUGGAAGAAUCACAGAUCUCUUUUUUUUAACGGUUAUAGUGUACUUAAAUACUUUCAACUGUGUUAAGAGGUUCGAUUCUCGGUAUGGUUAACGUAUAGCUAUUUCAAGCCCAAGAAGAACUUGGUAGUAGAACUUCUAAAUUCGAAAUUCUGAAAAUUAAGGGCUUACGAGGGUUUGACAUGCUCUUAACUUACUUUUGGUGCACAGAUUUGAAGGUGGAAAUACAUGCUGACUUGUUCUGGUUUUGUCUUUUAGCUGCACUCAAGGGAAAGGGCAUUUUACUCUUUUGAUGACCGUCAGGUCUCAUGCAAGGAACUCGAAGGAUUUCAAAUUGGUCUGGAAGCAAUUAAGCUGUCUCUGAAAGACUUGGACGAGCUAAAAAGAGCUGUUAAUGAAAAACUUUUAACUUUAGAUAAGGAGAUCCUGGAAAUCCAUAGAGAGAUAGACAAAUCAGGUCAGGAAUCAAAGAGGCUGAGACGGGACAUCAAUCGCGAAUUUACAAUGACAGAAAAUUCAAUAGCACCGGAUUGGCGAAUGAGAUUUAAGCAACUUCAUAGUCCAGUUUUACAGCGCAGAAAUUUAGCAUACUUGCGUGAACUGGACGAGAAAAGUUUCGAGCAGGAGUGCAACACCAUCGAUGAUGCACUUGAUAAAUUAAGAGAAACAACAGAUCAACUCGGUGUUAUUUCAAACGAGGGUUUUGAAGUCGCUUUUAAACGUCUGACAGAAAUUAAGGAAGAUUCUGCACUACACACUCAGGAUCUUAGUGAUAUUAGAAGCAUUGUAGAGAGUCGAUUCAUAAAGAUAAGGGAGUUAAUACAAAGCAACCAUAAAUCUUAG